UUCGAAGUUACAGAAUACUUAUUCAAUCCUUGCUCAUCAGGUGUUCCUGUUGUGCAGCACGUUCCUGCCGGCAUACUUUCGUGUCGAUUGCACAUUUCCAUGGAAGACUCGGCAGUGUAUUUAUCGGACUCCCAAUAUGAAGCUCUCAAACAGUUCAAGAAAAAUGUAUCGGAUAUUCUAACACCUGGUCAUUCAGACAUCACGCUCAAUAAAUGGCUGAGAGCCCGAAACUAUAAUUUAAAGAAGGCAGAAGCUCUUUUUCGUCAGAUUCACGAUUGCAGGGAAAUUUACGAGUUUGACACUAUUACAGAAUGGUUCAAAAGAUCAGAAGCGACUGAGAAAUAUGAAUACAGUUCCUUCCUGGGUUUUGCCAAAGACGGAUCUGUCGUAAGAUACGUUCAUGUGGGGAAAGGCGAUCACUAUGGUUUCAUUAUGUCCAUGACUGCGUAUGAAAUUUGUAAAUACUGCUCAUAUUUAAUAGAAUGGGAUCGCAAGGAACAAAAGAAACAUAAUCAAAAGACAGGCCUUAAUGUUCAUGACAUUACUUACAUCUUUGACAUGGAUAACUUCUCUAUUCAGCAACUCGCCUACAAAUGCGUAAUUGAAAUGGGACUGGAUUUGAUCCGCGUAGUGCAGGAUCAUUUUCCCGAAUGCUGGGGCAAUGUCUUCUUCAUUAAUGCUCCUUUCUACUUCGACAAGGCCUUUAACAUAUUUAAACCUAUAAUGAAACUCAAGUUGCUACAGAAAAUCCGAGUCGUCUCCCGAGAACACACGGCAACAGUGCUCUUAAAGUACAUCGACGAAGACGUUCUGCCAGCUUUCUUGGGUGGCAAGAAAUGCGAUUCCAGUGGAAAUCCCAUGUGCACAGAGUUCCUAAAAUUUGGCGGCCGAAUUCCCGAGAAGUAUUACCUGAGAAAUCGUCCGCCUCUGCUGUCGACCGACCCAGGCGUCACGGCAGUUUGGGUGGCCCCCCGAUCUGUUUUCAACUACUCCGUGGUGGUCAGAGAGCCUCGAUCCAAAAUUCGAAUCGAAUAUAGAUAUGAAAAUGGUUCCGUCGACACCAAGAUGCUGUUCAGGCCGUUUGGACAGAAUCCAGACGAACUUGAUUUGCCUGCAGCCGAUGAGUUUCUAGACGAGGACGAUCCCAAAUGCAAUGCCCGGUUUGUCAGUCCUGCCAUUCGAGUGCAAGGUCAUCUCACCCCCGUGGAAGAAGCUUGUAUUGCCCCAUGGCCUGGAAUAUACAUUUUCCAGUUCAACAAUAGUUACAGUUGGUUCACCUCUCGGCGGAUCAUAUUUAGGAUCAAAUCCAUCCCUCUAGAGUCCUGAUCUUCACCAGCUAUAGGCCCUGUGACUUUUAUUAAUUGUAGUAAUCUAUUUCAUGUACCCUCUUGUUUUGUCGCGUGUGUGAUAUUUCUAACCCGUUAUUGAAAAUCCUCUUUGUUGAGCUCUGUAUUGAUCUUGUUAUUUUAUUAAAUUAAAUAUUUUAUUCAU